GAUGUAUCUGAACAAUUUAUGUGCACCAGUACCCAGUGCUACCAGAAUGGCUGUCUCAGUACUUCGGCUGACAGUUGUCCUGGGACUGUUUGUCUUAAUCCUGACCUGCUAUGCAGAUGACAAACCAGACAAGCCAGACGACAAGCCAGACGAGUCAGGCAAGGACCCAAAGCCAGACUUCCCCAAAUUCCUAAAUCUCCUGGGUACAGAGAUCAUUGAGAAUGCAGUCGAGUUCAUCCUCCGCUCCAUGUCCAGGAGCGGGUAAGCACUGAGACAAACCUUGUUUUCUGUCAAGUUCAAUGUUGGUGAUGACCACACAAUGACCACAUGGCAUUAAAAUAUGUGAGAAAC